AUGGCUACUAUUUCUCACAAAUUUGUACUUUUUCUCACCGCUAUCGCUAGUACAUGUCUAGUAUUGGGUAAUGAGUCUGCCGACUUUCGUCAUUUCAAAGAGGAAAUGUCCUUGAAAGAAAGAUACAAAAGAGCAUCACGUAUGGUCACUGCUUAUUCACUGGGAACGCUUGAUGCUUGCCAAGAUAUCGGUUCCGCAGGUGUUUAUUGUGGUUAUACUUAUAAAAUUCCCGCCGUUAUCGCUCGUUUUGCAGGACAGUUAGCAAAGGAUGAAAAGAUUAUAAUUAGCGCACUCACAAAUAAUCCAAAAUUGCCUGUGAAUCAACAGUGUAAAACAGAUAUUAAAAACUUUCUUUGCAAUGCGUUUUAUCCUGUAUGUAAUUCAGCGAAUAAAACUGUAACCUACAACUUGCGCGAUUGUGCUAAAACUGGUUUAACAUGUCCCAAAUCUAUCUACGAUGCCUUCCACAGAACGUCUUGCAAAAACAUCCCUUCAGGGACAUAUGCUUCCAAUAAGUGUGUAAAACCAUUGACAACAGAUACAAAAGUUUGUCGAAAACCGAAUGCUAACGCUAAGGUACCACAAUGGCUAAUUCAUGAAGAUCAACUGAAUGAUAAUUCAGCGCAAAACCUCCAGAAAUCAUUAAAGAAACAAAAUGCUUCAGCAUCGUGUAUACAGAAAAUGACCCAGUUUAUUUGUGGAGUACAACCGUUUUGUUCAACGGAUGAAAAGUAUAUCUUAACCACUGGCUAUCAACAACAAUGUUAUGAUGCGCUACAUUGCUUGCCUCCUAAAGCACAACUAUCCUUGAAGAAAUUAAUUGACUGCACCCUUUUACCUAACGCAACAACAGCAAAGCGAUUCCAAAUACCUUUUGAUUCAGCAAUAGUAUCAGGAGCGUAUACCUUUUCUUAUAAUGCUGUGAUACUUUGGUCAUUAGUUGCAUCGCUUGUCCUUCAUUUGUUAAAUUAA